CGCUGGCAGUGGCGGCUGUGGGCUGGCGGCGGAGACGCAGUCCGGGUUCCUGCCCCAGGCCAGCAGCAGCAGGGGGAGCGGGCGCCGCGGGGCGAGAGAGACACGCCGGAGGCGAGAACUUUAUCCCCAGGGACGCCUCUCCGCCUCGGGCCUGGAGUUGCGGCGCGUGGGGCUGUCGCCUCGGGCUAGUCAGCUCGCUGCUCUCCCAGCCGGCGGCAGCAGCUGGAGUAACCCGUGGCUGCUGAGGAGCCCGGCGUGAGGAGCUGACCCGGCCGCCCCUACCCUUUGUCCGCCCCACCCCACCGCCUCUGGUGCGCGGAGACAUGACAGCGGUGCGGGGCAGCAGCGGGACUCGGCGCUAGCCCUGUGCAGAGGGAGCGGGUCCCCCGCCGCGGCUGCCUCCCACCCCGCCUUGCCCCCGGGGCUGGGCUCUCUUUGCCGUGGCUGGAGGAGAUGGUGCCCGCGCCAGGGUUAGUCUAGUCGCCACCUACCCACCCACCCACCCCUCAGCUGCUGGGCUAGCGCGUGUGGGCGCCGCUCCCCUCGCCGCCCGGGGGGUCUCUGCUUUAUGACCAUUUGACCCAGCUUCAGAGCUCGUCGGAGAAACGCCGCCUGGAUAAUGUCCACACCAAGCAGAUUCAAAAAGGACAAAGAGAUUAUAGCGGAGUAUGAAAGUCAAGUGAAAGAGAUUCGCGCUCAACUGAUAGAGCAGCAGAAAUGUCUGGAGCAGCAAACUGAAAUGAGGGUGCAGCUUCUUCAGGACCUUCAGGAUUUUUUCCGCAAGAAAGCAGAAAUAGAGACGGAAUAUUCCCGCAAUCUAGAAAAAUUAGCAGAAAGGUUCAUGGCAAAAACAAGAAGUACAAAGGACCAUCAACAGUACAAGAAAGACCAGAAUCUCUUAUCUCCAGUGAAUUGUUGGUACUUACUCCUAAACCAAGUGAGAAGAGAAAGCAAAGACCAUGCAACUUUGAGCGAUAUCUAUCUGAACAACGUUAUCAUGCGCUUCAUGCAGAUAAGUGAGGAUUCCACCAGGAUGUUCAAAAAGAGCAAAGAGAUUGCAUUCCAGCUUCAUGAAGAUUUGAUGAAAGUUCUAAAUGAGCUUUAUACGGUCAUGAAAACAUACCAUAUGUAUCAUGCAGAGAGCAUCAGUGCAGAAAGCAAGCUGAAGGAAGCAGAGAAGCAAGAAGAAAGACAGAUUGGGAGGUCAGGAGACCCUGUCUUUCAUAUUCGACUAGAGGAGAGGCACCAGAGGAGGAGUUCUGUGAAGAAGAUUGAGAAAAUGAAGGAAAAACGUCAAGCAAAAUACUCUGAAAACAAGCUGAAAUCUAUUAAAGCCCGAAAUGAGUACCUACUAACCCUUGAAGCAACCAACGCUUCUGUUUUCAAGUAUUAUAUUCAUGACCUUUCAGAUUUAAUUGAUUGUUCCGAUCUUGGAUACCAUGCAAGUCUGAACAGAGCCCUAAGAACAUAUCUCUCUGCGGAAUAUAACCUUGAAACCUCUAGACAUGAGGGCCUAGACAUCAUUGAGAAUGCUGUUGACAGCUUGGAGCCACGAAGUGACAAGCAGAGAUUCAUGGAGAUGUACCCCACUGCCUUUUGUCCGCCAAUGAAAUUUGAGUUCCAGUCUCAUAUGGGUGAUGAGGUUUGUCAGGUCAGUGCCCAGCAACCGGUACAAGCAGAGCUUAUGCUCAGGUAUCAACAGCUACAGUCACGACUGGCCACACUCAAAAUUGAAAAUGAAGAGGUUAAGAAAACGACAGAAGCGACUUUGCAGACAAUACAAGACAUGGUCACCAUUGAGGACUAUGACGUGUCAGAAUGUUUCCAGCACAGUCGUUCUACAGAGUCUGUGAAGUCAACAGUCUCUGAGACGUACAUGAGUAAGCCCAGCAUUGCAAAAAGAAGAGCUAACCAGCAGGAGACUGAGCAGUUCUAUUUCAUGAAAUUCAGAGAAUUCCUGGAAGGGAGUAAUCUCAUCACAAAGCUGCAAGCAAAACAUGACUUACUGCACAGGACACUUGGAGAAGGUCACAGAGCUGAAUACAUGACCACAAGCCGAGGACGAAGGAACUCUCACACCAGACACCAGGAUUCAGGACAAGUCAUUCCCCUCAUAGUGGAAAGCUGUAUCAGAUUUAUCAACUUAUAUGGUCUUCAGCAUCAGGGAAUUUUCAGAGUGUCUGGUUCCCAGGUGGAAGUCAAUGAUAUUAAAAAUUCAUUUGAGAGAGGUGAAAAUCCUUUGGCAGAUGACCAAAGUAACCAUGACAUUAACUCAGUUGCUGGAGUACUGAAGCUCUAUUUCCGAGGGCUGGAAAAUCCUGUCUUUCCUAAGGAAAGAUUUAAUGAUCUUAUUUCCUGUGUCAGAAUAGAUAAUCUCUAUGAGAGGGCUCUUCACAUCCGCAAACUCCUCCUGACUUUACCCAGGUCUGUCCUUAUAGUGAUGAGAUACCUAUUUGCCUUCCUUAACCACCUUUCUCAGUACAGUGAUGAGAAUAUGAUGGAUCCUUAUAACUUGGCCAUAUGUUUUGGCCCAACACUGAUGCCUGUUCCAGACAUACAAGACCAGGUGUCAUGUCAAGCUCAUGUGAAUGAAAUAAUCAAAACGAUCAUCAUCCAUCAUGAGGCUAUUUUCCCAGAUGCUAAAGAGCUAGAUGGCCCUGUUUAUGAAAAAUGUAUGGCUGGAGAUGACUACUGUGAUAGCCCUUAUAGUGAACAUGGUACACUAGAGGAAGUGGACCAGGAUGCCAGUACAGAACCCCACACCAGUGAAGAUGAAGGUGAGCCUAUAGAAGCGAUAGCCAAGUUUGACUACAUUGGAAGAUCUGCACGAGAACUCUCCUUCAAAAAAGGAGCCUCCCUGCUUUUAUAUCAUCGAGCAUCUGAAGACUGGUGGGAAGGAAGGCAUAAUGGAAUUGAUGGCCUAGUACCUCACCAAUAUAUAGUGGUGCAGGAUAUGGAUGAUACCUUCUCAGAUACAUUGAGCCAAAAAGCAGACAGUGAAGCCAGCAGUGGGCCAAUAACUGAGGACAAGUCCUCAUCCAAGGAUAUGAACUCCCCAACUGAUCGUCAUCCUGACAUAUAUUUAGGAAGGCAAAGAAAGAGAUCAGAACCACCUCCUCUAAGACGCCCAGGCAGGACCAGUGAUGGCCAUUGCCCAGUACAUCCACCACACACACUCACCAACUCAUCAGUGGAGCUAGGUUCCCCCAACAUGGCAAGUCAUUGCAGUCCUCGAGCCCUUCUUCACAAUCGCAACCUCAACGCAGACAGCCCCGAAAGGCGACGUAGACCUGGGCAUGGCAGCCUCACCAACAUUAGUAGGCAUGAUUCACUAAAGAAGACUGAUAGUCCUCCAAUUAGAAGAUCUACAUCAUCUGGUCAAUACCCAGGUUUCAAUGACCAUAAGCCACUGGACCCAGAGUCAAUAGCUCAGGAUAUUGAAGAGACAAUGAACACCGCUCUGAAUGAACUCCGUGAGUUGGAACGUCAGAGCUCUGCGAAACACGCCCCUGACGUGGUGCUGGAUACAUUGGAACAAAUGAAAAACUCACCCAGCCUGGCCACCUCCACAGAAUCACUAAGCCCUCUCCAUAGUGUAGUGCUAAGGAGCACUGAGCCUCAGAUUCGACGUAGCACUAGUUCUUCCAGUGAUACCAUGAGUACUUUCAAGCCCAUGGUGGCCCCCAGAAUGGGAGUGCAGCUAAAACCCCCAGCUCUGAGGCCAAAACCCAUUGUUCUUCCAAAAACAAAUCCUACCAUAGGACCUUCCCCUCCUUCCCAAGGUCCAACAGACAAAUCUUGCACAAUGUAAAAGGCUAAGCAACCCAGGAGGUGGAGUGUGUUACAGAAAGGAACGGAUUAGCGAUAGAAGUCAGGGUUCCAUAACACUAUUAGUUCAUGUUUAUAACUGGAGAUGUUUUGUUUUUCAAUGUUUUUGAAUGUAAUGUCUGAACUAGUAUCAUUAACAUGGGCAUUUGUAUUUUGUAUAGUUUCAAUUUUAAAAAAAAACUGGACAAUUGUGUGUCAUUUUAAAACAGACUUGAAAACUUGAUGCUGCACCAUUUGUAAUAAAAGGAACAGAUCAGAAAUGGCUUCCCACUUUGUACAAUAUUUCAUAGUCUUAUUGUAGUUUACUUAAUAAGGGAUCCUAAACAAAGGUAACUUGAAGGAAUUCGUAAGUGGAUGUGGAACCCGUGACCACUAGAUCACUGGUUCAAAUCUCAAUCUGGUCGGUAAAAGCUAAAAGUUAGCAUCUGAGGGAUUAGUCAAUGGCCUGUGUGAAGUGUGUAUGUAAUCUCAGUCCAUAUAAAUUGAAAUAACACUUUCACAGUUGGCACUAAGUAUUUAGCAUAUUUUUAGUAGUCUUAUCAAAAGCCAAGUGCUGAGUAAGUAUGGAGACUGAAUUACUCUCUUUCUGACCUCACUCCAGGUCAGGGUUAAAGUAUAUUGCCUGGAUGGUAUGAAGUUUCUAAUACUGCCACUUGUGCUGUACCUUUCUUUUGAAGCUAAAAUUUCAGUCCCCAGGACUGUCAGACUUUUCACAAGCACUAAAUUCACUUACAGUUUACAAUUCAGUGAACAAAGUAACUGCAGCAAUACAGGUCUGGGGAUCUUUCUGUAGUGUAAUAAAAGAUUGAAAGUAUCAGUUGAACAAUAAUUCAAUAAAACAUUCCUUGGACCUUAUUGCUCAGUAUCUUCUUCAAACAAUUUGAGCUGCGAUAACCACAGUUUCAAGCUGCUGUAUCCUCACUAGUUAUCCUUCACAGUGCAAACACUGUGCAUGGUUUCUCUAUGAUGCUUACUAAACUAUUCUGCUCCUGAGUUAUUGAAUAACUUCUCUCAAUUACACAGGAGGUUGUUAGAACCACAGAAAUCUCAUUUGCUAUUCUCUAGACUAAACCUAAAUAAAAUUUGCCAGAACCAAUUAAAAAAAAAAAAAAAAGUCUAUACCUUUCUUGGGUCUGUGUGUGAGUGAAGAUUUUAUCAACUUUGCUUAGUGCUCCAUUAUUAAAUUUUCUUAUACAUGUGAAUUAAUUGGACAGCUGUUUUGCACAUUAACAUUAAGCCAUAACAUCAUUUCUGUAAUUAUUUUUCAAUAUUACUUGCCCAAUCUAUAGGAUCAUUUAUAGCAGGUUUUUAAUUUACGCAGCCAUGCAAACUAUUUAUAAAGAAUACCCCGUUGGCCGUUACCUAAAAUACCAUAGCCAAGAAACAAUAUCAGCUGAUGGUCAUCUAUAGGAAUAAAACUGGCUUCAAAUAAGAUUUGUCUUUCCUCAUAGCAUUUGUUACAUUAGGAUCUUACCAUUCUUCCUAUGGAAUGUUUUAAGUUGUACCACUCACUAUAUGGAAACAUAAUUGGGGAGAGGGAAGAGUUAGUGUCUUGUAACAAAGAUUUGAUUCGUGUAUUAUAGUCUAUAUAAAGUCAUAGAAGCCAUGUCCUGUUGUCAUUUGGGGAUUUAUUUAUUUCCACUGUGGUUUACUAAUUCUAAUCACUUGAUAAGGAACUCCAAGCCCUGGACAUGACAAAUAUCCCAUAAACUGCAUUUGAGAGCAAUGCUGUCAGGGCCAUUUAUUGUUGCUGAUAUUUGCAGCCCAAGGACUGGUCCAAAAAAACCAAGGAAUCUAUAAGUAUGUCUGUUUGGGGGCUACCACAUAUAUAAACUCUUAGCUAGCACAGUGGACUCUUGAGGUGUCAGUCAGUUUAAUCCACUGAGGCUACCACUGUAUAAACAGGGUAACAACUUGUCAAAUUUAUGUUUAAUCUUGUAUCUCUUGACUGUACCCUGCCGCCUAUAGUCCUAAACUCCAGGGCAAGGUUCUAACUGAAGCUAGUCCUCAUUAAAGGUUGGCCUUAGUCUAUUGGUAUGUUCACCUGUCCAGGACCAGAAAUUAUUUUCAAGUUCCCCAAACUUAUUAAGAUCAAUGGAACAAACUGGAAUUCCAGCUCUAAUUUCCAUAAUGUUUUUAGUUUAGUAAUUUGUUCAAUACCAGUGUGGCAUAAUUGAGAUGAAUAUCUGUAUCUUUAAAUUAUAUAGGGAAUUUUGUAUGUUUAAAUAACACUACUGGACUCCAUAAUGCUUAUUAUUAGAAAUUGUGUAGCAAAAGAAAAUAUUAGAAACAGUGCAUUUAGUGAAUGCAUCCACUUAGAGCAUUCACACAAGUUAAAUGUGUAGUUUGAUGGUUAUUAUAGAUACUUAACGUAUAGUAAGUGGAUAUGUAACAGGAAAGACUGACAACUACAAACAUACUAAGGGGUAACUCUUGCACACCUAAUCAAAUCAGUAUUGUCCUUUACUGUCAGUUUGAUAAAUUGCAGUACUGGUAGCUUCCUGCUUGUUGACUGUUACCUAAUUGUGUCAAUGUACAUCCGUAGUAUGUACAUGUGAAAGUGCCUUUAAAAUUUUAGAGGAGCUUUAGCCUUGCUCUUGUACUGUUGCAUUUCCAUUGCGUUCACUCUUGCUUGUAUACUGUUGCAUUUUCAUUGCAUUCAUAUCUGCUCUUGUACAGCCACAUUCCCUCCAUUUUCAAAAAACAAAAAAAUUAAAAAUACACAGUUAUGGAAGAAAAAAUGUACUGUUAAUCUGUUGUGACAAUGCACUUUUAUGUAUAGUACUGUACAUUUUGUCAUGUACCAUCACAGGCUUCAGUAUACAUUCAGGUUUGUUCCCCAUAGUGUAUCUUUAUAAUAAAGAAGAUAGUUCUGUCUGCA